AUAGUUUACCUGAUGGAAGAAUUUUUAACCUCGGGGGAUCGAAGAAAGCAACCGCGAUUAAUGGAGAUAAUGUCACAAACCCUACAUACGAAUUCUAUCCAGGUGAUAGUCAGAGCACUACUAUCCAAUUUCUUGUUGAUACGCUGCCAUAUAAUCUCUAUCCGGCUGUAAUUUUACUUCCUGGUCCACCAGGACAAAAUUGGCUUUACAUGGCAGCGAACAGAAAAGCCCAAAUUUGGGAUUAUGUAAAACAAACAGUAGUAAAGACUUUGCCAGAUAUUCCCGGUGGUCCGCGUACAUAUCCAUGUACCGGAACAUCUACUCUCUUGCCUCUUUCCUAUGAAAAUAAUUAUAAUGCCGAGAUUAUAGUUUGUGGUGGCAGCUCUGAACCCUUUGCCCCGGAUUCUGUUACCGAUAAAGAUUGCGUAAGACUUGAUUUAUCACAAACAAACCUUACGUGGGUUAGUGAGCCAUUCGGUGACCUUCCUACAGGACGUCUUAUGGCCGAUGUUAUUCAUAUGCCUGAUGGAAAAUUAUUAUUCGUAAACGGUGCCGGUCAGGGUUAUGCCGGAUGGGAUAAGGGAACUCCCACUAACCGACUUCACGUGGCUAGUCAACCCAUGAAGACUCCUCUUCUUUAUGACCCCAAAGCUCCCUUGGGAUCUCGAUUUACCAGAAUGGCUGAAUCACAAUACGUUCGCGUAUAUCAUUCAACUGCUACCUUAAUUCCAGACGGUAGAGUAUUCGUCGCUGGAAGUAACCCUAAUAAUGAAUAUUGUGAUAUUUGCGAAUACCCGACUGAGUAUCGUGUUGAGAUUUUCACUCCCCCUUAUCUGUUAAAUGGUGUUCCUCGUCCAACCGUUAAAAAUAUUGCUGGUUUUGCCACCUUUAACACACUUACUGCCAUCCCAGUCACUUAUGGACAAACAAUAACUGUGCUGGUGGAUGUUAAUGAUAAUUCAGCUAAUUUUACGGCUUGCAUAAUUCACAAAGGUUUUAUCACACACUCUCAACAUAUGUCUGCACGAUAUGUAAGUCUCAAAGUGGAAAACACGAUACCCACGAAAACGGGGUACGCAAUUGAUGUCACUUUGCCACCAAAUCCUAAUAUUAUCCCCCCGGGCAGACAUAUUUACCUCUACGUGUUAAACAAAGGAACCCCGGCUGAUACUG